GCAAGAGGGGCGGGGCACCGGAGCAGUGGAGAGUGGAGCGCAAACGUACCUCCAUGCGCACUGUGUACAUGUUUAAAAAGCAAUUAUAUACUGAGCAUCGUGCAAACUUGCCGGUUUAAACCCUCAUUUGACAAGCUUGAUUUUUCUACAGCUGGACGAAAGCAUCAUCGUCGUUAUGACCGACAGGAAGGCCGUCAUCAAGAACGCUGAUAUGUCGGAGGACAUGCAGCAGGACGCCGUGGACUGUGCCACGCAGGCCAUGGAGAAAUACAACAUAGAGAAGGACAUUGCUGCCUACAUCAAGAAGGAAUUUGACAAGAAGUACAACCCCACCUGGCACUGCAUUGUCGGGAGGAACUUCGGCAGCUACGUGACCCACGAGACCAAGCAUUUCAUCUACUUCUACUUGGGCCAGGUGGCCAUCUUGCUCUUCAAGUCGGGCUGAGACCUUUUCUGAGGACGUCUUUUCGUUCCCCCCCCCGCCCACCCUCCCUUCUUUUCUUGUCUCGCUUACCGGGAAACGUGUCAGAGGCCACGACGCCCCGUAUUCUGAAUAACGACAUAACAAUACGAUUCCAAACUGGCUCGUGCUCAGUUGCAUGGAUGAUACUUUUCAUUUUUUCGAUUUUUUUCGACUUUUGCGUGAGAUUAGUUUUUCGGUGGUUGCCCGAGUCGUUUUUUUCUUAAUACCAAUAGGUUGCUAGUAAAGAGUUGAAAUAACGAUAAAGGAGCAGCGUUGUCACAUGGAAAUGUCAACAUAUCGUAAUCAUUAGCUAGAUUGUUUCCUUUGAAAAUGCUCCCAUUUUCAGUUCUAAAAUGAUUGCAAGCAUUUGGUGGAUGUACAAACGUUGAUUUAUUUUUUUCAUUUAGCAUCUAAUAAGUUUGUGGGCUUUUUUUUUAUC